AUGCGAUCGCUAUUUCCUGUGUUCGUCGUGAUUGGCCUUGCAUUGAGUUAUGGCAAACCACUUAAUGGAACGACCUUGAAAUUGAUCAAGAUUCCGUUAAGACGGACUCAGAAUGAAAUCACUCCAGUUGAACGGCGUAAGUGAAUUUUGACAACUUACGAAGUCACCCUUCCGUUUUAUGCAACCUAAAGUCAAUGUCAUUUCCAGCAAAUGAAUCGUUACUGGAAAUGGAACGACUAGAUAGGAUAGACUCUGCCGGAAUUUUCGAAAUAAGACUGCAGGAUGACAAGAAAUGGCAGAGAUUCCGAGACUACAAGAAUGUCGAGUACGUUGGGAGUGUUUCUAUUGGAAAUCCUCCGCAAGAGUUUAGCGUGGUCUUGGACACGGGCUCAGCGGACUUCUGGGUACCCAGUGUAGACUGCUAUGUUCGAUGCCAUGAAUUUUGCCGAGUUGGUAAGGAAGAGAAAUCAAAAUAUUCUCUUCUUGGACUCUAUUAAUCAACCCCGUUGAUUCUAGAGGCUUUCGGCAAGUACUUCUGCGCCUCUCCGUGCAGAGUAAAUGCAAAUGAAACCAUGCCUGCAACGGCAUUUACUUGUUCGAACAAAGCCACCUACAACGAAACACAGUCGGAUACAUUUGAGGAUGCAAACGGCUACUUUGUAAUACAGUAUGGAACUGGAAGUGCCCGAGGCAAAUUAGGGUUUGAUGAUGUUUGGCUGGGUGAUCCGUCAACUCCCGAUCAGUCCUUACAGAUCAAAAAAGUAGGCAUGAUUCGAUGCAUCUGAUGAGUUUAGGUGAGCUUCGGCAGGGCCAAUAGCAUGGCCAAGUUUUUCGAAAACACAGAGCUCGAUGGAAUUUUGGGCCUUGGAUUUCGCUCGUAUUCCGUGGCUGAUUCUGAUCCACCAUUUGUUAAAGUAAGUGUACCAGGAAAAGAUGACCAUUGCUGUCGUUGAAGGGCCGAAUUGUCAUCCUUUUUAUAGGCCUACAAAGACAAACUGGUCGAUCCAAUCUUUACAGUGUGGAUGAAAAUGACCGAAACUUUUGGGGCUGAUGGUGGCCAAAUAACUUAUGGAGGGGUGGACGAAGAUCAUUGUGACAGCACUACACCAGAUCGGGUGGAUGUAAAAUUAUCACAAGCGGGAUAUUGGCAAUUCAAAAUUGAGAAAGUUAAAAUCGCUGCGGACGGGGGAAAGCCGUAUACACUUGCAAACGUAGAGAGGUUUGAUGUAAGAGAUUGAUGAAGCUAAUAUUGUGUUAAUCAAAUUUAGGCCAUCUCAGACACGGGUACGAGUUAUGCAAUCAUCCCUAAUCCCCUUUUUGAUGAACUGGCAGCAAUUUCUCACAGCACAGUCUAUGGCGGCACUAUUCGUGUUGACUGUGAUGCAAAGUUUGAAAUUGUUUUCACCGUUAAGGAUGUGAAUGGCAAAGGUUAGUGUUGAAAGCCGUUUUUAAUGUGCUGUAAAUUUAUCUGUAAAUCUUUCAGAGCGAGACAUUUCAAUGACCGAAAAACAUCUCGUAUUACCAAACAAGAACAACAAGGAAUGUGUCGUUGCGGUCAGCAAACAGAACAAAGAUCCGGUGGCCGUUAUUGGGACCCCUUUAAUGCGAGCGUACUGUAAUAUCCAUGACAUGGAAAAGAAAGUUAUAUCGUUUACCACUAUAAAAAACGCUACAUAAUAUGUAUCUACGGCUUUUUUGGUAUAAACCCGUUCUUUCAACAUCAUCUUUAUCGUGUUGUGUCAGCUUAAAACAGUAUAUUGUGCGCACAUGACAUCAUGUUCAUGAGCUGUGUUGUCGAAGAAUUUUAUUUUUUUUAGCGGUGUUGAUAUUUUUAAGACAUCGGUGUAAGAGGUGUAAUAUUUAUAUACAAUGUUAAGCCACCGCUGCUUUCUGCCUUACUUUAUUACUGUGUAUUGUAACAUCCACAGCAUCGGAGCUAAUAGAAUUGUUUGAACUUCUCAAAAGAAUUUCAAAAAUUUAAGUGGGUUGUAUGGCAAGAAAGAAGAUUCUGGGGAUUUUAAACAGCUCAAAUAUGAUGGAAUUUGAUUGGAUGAUUUCUUUUUGUAUUCGAAAAGCGCGCAUCCUUUAAAUAAUGUAAUUAAGGAAUGUGUUUAACAGAUUUAUCUAGAAUUCGUACCUUAUGAUAAGCCUGUUGUUUCUUUGGAUGGAACUCAUUAAUUGUCUGGUUAUCAUCUUUCUAUUUCCGAACACGUUCAACGCACAUUUCUGGGCUUUUCCAAACGAUGAUCAGCGUUCGAAAUUUAAUUUUUCUUUUAUUUGUUGAACUUGUCGCGUCCAUAAAACACCGUGUGAACCUAAGUAAAGUUGAACGGAAGAUUUAUGGCGCCAGGAACGUCCCGCUAAAUCUAGUGCCAGACCAUGAUUAUAUUGGUAAGAUGGGUCAUUUAUCAAAAUAUAAAUAGUCAUUUAGGCCGAGUAUCGAUUGGGGAUCCUCCACAAUUCUUUCAUGUUGCAUUUGAUAUUAAUUUGGGGAAUGUUUGGGUGCCGGACAUUGAAUGUGAAUGUACCGCUAGAUGUAGUUUGAGUAAGUUAAAAUCCGCUAACUUUUGUUAUGUAAUCUACCGAAAGAGUUUAGAAUUUCUUUGCAAAUCGCUGUGUAAAGCGCACUGCUGUGAGAAGAAGAAGAUUGGAAGCAAUUCGAAUCAAAGCAUUGCAAUUUUGCCAACAAAUGCAGCGAGGGAUGGCAUUCUAAUCCCAGUGUGCGAUAAGCGUUCCAAAUACAAUAAAGAAAUUUCCAAAACGUAUCUCCAAGGUGAGAUAAACGUGAUCACAUCUAGAACUUCAUUAUGCAGAUGAUCGGGAGUGGAAGAUCCGAUAUGUUGACGGCAAAGCCUCUGGAAAACUAGCUAUCGACAGUUUAAGGCUCGGCGACGCGCUUAAUUUCUCUCAGACAACGAUUGGCCUUGCUACUAGCUUUCCCGAUGGCUACAAGGACGUUUUAUACGAUGGUGUCUUUGGUCUGUCAAGGGAAUCUGCAAUCGAAUAUGACGGGUUAGAAAGUCCGAUUGGCCAAGCAAUCAGGCAAGGGAUACUUGACGAGCCGAUGAUUACUUUAUGGCUAGAUGGCAGCGGAAAGGUUGGAAAUACCGAGCCAACUGGGAUGAUUACUUUUGGCGGUAUGGAUAGUAAUCAUUGCGGGUUCAUAUCUGAAUACUUGCCUGCUUUGGGGAAUGACUGGAAGAUAAUGCUAAAGAGGGUUCGGAUUGAUAAUGUAAUUAGUUCAAGAGAUUGGACGGUGAGUAAUCGUGAAUAAAUUAAUCCCCAUUUCAGGUAGAGCUAGACAUGUCUUAUCCAUAUAUUGGUGGACCCAGAAGCGCACUUUAUGGACUCGCCGAGACCAUUCGAGCUUCAUACGAUCAUUUCCAAGAUGUCUAUUACAUUGAUUGCAACGCAGAGUUUAGCCUUAUGCUCACCUUCGAGCAGAAAGAAUAUCCAGUAUCAUCCAAGCAACUCAUUUACAAGGACAAACGGAACAAGCAAGGAGAAUGUGUGCUAGCUUUCCAAAACUACUACAAUCUUCAAGUGGAUUGGCGGAUAGGCUCACCAUUCCUUCGAGAAUACUGUGUUACCCUAAACUUUGAUGGAAAAGUUGGGAUUUCAUUUCCGUAUCAAUUUGGUGGGUAA